AUGGAUUCAUCGCCAUCGGCAACAAAGUUCACCAGCGGGCUGGAGCCAACCCUGCCCUCGGUAGCAGGCAUCAAGCGCCCUGCCCCGUCACUGCUGCCGCCAUUUGAGCCUUUGUCCUCAUCCCCAGGUCUGCCUCGGCCCUCGAAGCGGCAGGCCACGUCCAAUGCCUUUCUGAAAUACCCAACGCCCAUCCCGACCUCUAGUACUGGCAUCCUUUCGUCAAGCCCUCCACGCGCCGGAUUUAACUAUGGAUAUGCCGCCCCAUAUAUGGUCCCCCGUCCCGGCCUUCAAAGGACGCUGUCGACCGUGUCGGAACGCGCCCCCCUUUCCGACGUACGCGCCGUAGUUUUGAAUGAGAAUGGAGAGACUCUUCUCAUGGGCAGGUCCAGCAAUUCGUCUCACUAUCAACUCUCAUCGAACAGACUGGUCAGCCGAGUUCAUGUUCACGCUCGAUAUAUCCCCGCCACCGAAGCGCUUGAGCCCAACAAGGUCGAGAUUACGUGCACGGGUUGGAACGGGUUAAAGCUGCAUUGUCAAGGGCAGACAUGGGAGUUGGCAAAGGGCGAUUCCUUCACUUCGGAAACUGAGGGUGCGGAGAUCAUGAUCGAUGUCCACGACACCAGGGUCCUCGUACAGUGGCCACCGCGGGAGAAGGAUCGGGAUUCGUCAGCCCCUUUGAGCGAUUCAUCGUGGGAUGAGACACCAAGGCCAAUGCGACGUGGCCGGCGACCAGGCUCCGACUCGGACGAGGGCAGUCCCAUUCGACGACCGAGGCAUAUCCGCAGCCCCGAGUCGCCCACGCCCGCCAACGGAUCGACUUCAAAGGCUGACCUCGACGACUUGCUGUCCAACAACGAUGAUGACGGUGCCGCCGUUGAAAUCUAUGAAGAUGAAGAGGAGGGCGAAGAGGAGGACGAGCAAGAGUUGCCCAAGCUGACAGAUACUGGCAGGGAGGAUGCUACCUUCAUCACCAGCGCCGACCAAAGCUUUUCCAUCUCGAGUGACCUGAGUGAUCCGAGAUCAGAUGAGGAUUACGCCGAACAAGAUCCGGAUGAGGAGAAUGAUCCCAUCAUACCCUCGUUCGGUCCCUGCGGCGACAACCUGUCGAGCCGUCUCGAAUCUUUCACCACGGCCACCUCACCCCCAAGAGCCCGUACUCCCGACCGCGACUACAGUGACAACUCAGAGGAGGAGCGGGCUGGUAGUGUCACCCCGAAGCCUCUGAAAUCGUCAAGCGGGAAUGCAGCAGGUGCCGCUAGGCAGGCUUCUCCUGCCCUGGUCCCUCGCUCUCCGUCGCCCGUCAGCAACCUCAGCGAGGAACUGACAGCAACCAUUUCCAACCACGUCAUCAACCAACUCGCUUUCUCCAGAUUGUCGUCCACCCCGUUGUCGUCUAUUAUGAACAACCUUCCUGCGGAUGAUCGGAGACAGGUGACCAAGGACGAAUUGCGCAGGCUUAUUGAGGCAAGUGCUUGCAUUGGCAUUAUCGAACGCCAAGGCAAGGAUGCUGCUGGUAAGCCGCUCGAAAGUGAAUAUUAUUAUGUGCCCGAAUUCGACACGGAUGAGCAUCGUCGCCUGGCUGUGACGGACGGCUUGCGGAAGCCUAGCUUAAGGGCCUGCCGCAAGCAGCACAAGCAAUACUAUUGGAAGAAGCCUCGCACUCCCUGA